AUGGAUCGACCAGACCUUAUAGCUAGAGUAUUUCAUCAGAAAGUUAAGGAGCUGAAAGCAGAAUCAAUCGUCAAAGCAGUAUUUAGAAAGUGUGCUGCUUAUGUUCAUGUAGUCGAAUUUCAAAAACAAGGCUUAUCACAUGCUCACAUGUUGUUUUGGCUGGAGAAAGACAGCAAAAUUCGAGAUGCAGAUGACGUUGACAAAAUAGUUUCGGCCGAGAUACCCGAUAAGACAAGAUAUCCGUUACUGCACGACAUCGUCAAACAAUGUAUGAUUCACGACCCGUUCAGUCAACAAAAUGUUGAUUCACCUUGCAUGGACACGAAAACAAAUCGAUGCGAGAUGACGGAAACCCUAUUGUUUUUUAUGUUAAGAGAGAUGGGACACGUAGAACUGCUAACAAUAGAGACGUUGUGCCGUAUAACGCGUCAUGAUUGCGCGAUUGUUGGAAUGGAGAAUGUGCAAGAAGAUUGUAACAUCAUAUUAGCAGUUCACGUAGAAGGUGAACAAGUAGUAUAUUUUGAAGAGGGUAAUGAAGAAGUAGCCAUAGAUGAAAACAAGGAAUCUACAUUGCUCGCAUGGUUUACUUUGAACACCACUGAUGUCGAUGCACAAUUCACAAAGUGGUCGAAACGAAAGAAAUUCGUAAAACCUGUUUUGAGUAGAAUGUACUUUGUGAGUCCUAAGGAAACUGAGCGUUAUUUUCUGAGAAUGUUGUUAUCACACAUUCGUGGAGCUCAAUCAUUUCAAGAUGUGCGGACAAAUGGUGGUAUAAUGUAUCCAACCGAUUUUGAAGCGGCAGUUGCGCGCAAAUUAGUUACUGAUGACGAGGAAUGGGACAAAUGUCUUUCCGAAGCGUCAAGUUUGAAAUUUCCGACCGAUAUGUGUCGAUUAUUUGCGUACAUAUGUGUAUUUAGCAUGCCGAUUAAUGCUCGCCAAUUAUUUGAAAAAUACAAAUCUGAUUUUGUUAAUCAUCACGAGUAUAACGAACAAUACGAACAAAAGGCUUUGCAAGCAGUGAAAGUUUCCGUGAAUAGUUUAACCAAAAAUCAAGGCGUUGUAUUUAAUGCGGUUAUGGCGGCAGUCCGUGGUGUAUCUUCUGAUAAGUGUAUCUGUUUGGACGGUCUCGGUAGCAGAGGAAAGAGCUACUUACAUGACACGAUUAUUUCUACGUUGAAUAGUGAGAAUAUAGUCGUAUUGCCUGUGGCAUGGACUGGAAUUGCAGCACACUUAUUAAAAGGGGGCAGGACGGCUCACUUAACGUUCAAAUUACCAUUUCUUUUGAAUGAACAAUCAACGUGUAAGAUUCGUGUGUGUGAUGGACAAACGGAUUCCAAGCAACGGCUUUUGAAAAUUGGUGAUGGAGUAUUUUCUAAUUCAUUCGAAUUUAACAAUGAGGUUGUUGCUAUUCCGACUGAUAUACUGUCGAAAGGAAAUAUUGUGCAAGAAAUAUUUAGUGAAAGUAUUGAUCCACAAGAUUUAUCAACUUUUAGUAAAGUUAUUUUAGCCCCGACAAAUACCGACGUUAUUGCCAUUAAUAAUGAAAUAUUGUCAAAAAUCAAAGGUUCCAGUGUUGACUAUCUGAGUGUGGAUCGUGCCUCAUCUUACGCCAAUAUUUCUCAAGCUGGGUCUCUAAAAAUACUGAAAUAA